AUGUCGCGCAAGAAAGGCAUGUCUCGUGAGGAAAAGCUUCUAGCAAUGCAAGAAUUGAUGAUGGAAAGCCAAGAUAUAUGGACCCUGAAAGAUUUGGAGAGAGAUUGCCCAAAGAAGAAAGGAAUUACAUCAAUGAGUGUAAAAGAGAUAUUACAGGAGCUCUGUGAUAACGAUCUUGUAUCAUUUGAGAAGAUUGGUAGCGGAAAUUUCUAUUGGUGCUUUCCAUCAGAGGCCUUUAAUAGAAGAAAAGUUUUAGAAGGAAAAUUACAAGCACAAAUUACAGAAUUAGAGUCCGAGAUAUCAGGAUUGCAGGCAGAAAUAGCUGACUUAGAGCCAGGACGCGAACCUUGCCAAGAAAGAACAGAAUUAGAUGAAAUUGUUGAAAAAUUUGGAAAAGAAUUAGCAUCAAUACAAGCAGAAUCAGCAAAAUAUGAUUCAUUGAAUCCAAAUGCUAUCAGAAAAACCCAAGAAUAUACAAAGAAAGCACUUGAGUCCGCAAAUAGAUGGACUGAUAAUGUUUAUACACUAAAGAGCUGGAUUGUUAAGACAUACAUGCUCAAUCCGUCUGCAUUUGAUGAACAAUUUGGUAUUGGCGAAGGAUUCGACUAUUUUCAAUAA